AUAGAUAGAGGUGAGAUAAGUGUCCUUGACUUGAAGAACAAUGGCGGUGAAAGCCCCUCAUCAAAAUCUCCGUAAAAUUCUCACCCAGCUCGCAACCGGACUACCCGAGUCCGCCCAGAUGUAUGGCAUGGUCAGAAGUUUUAUCCGAGGUAUUCCAAGUGGCUUGGAAUUGUGGGUAGACAAUUUAAAUCUGCCUCAGGUUUUCAUCGUCAGCGCUAGUCAAACUAAGAGUAAGAAUAUAUACUGUGGAUCAUUGGUCAACGUUCACUGUACGAACCAUAACAACCUUCGUGACGUCAUUCUGUCUCCCGGCGUACUCAAUUUAAAUCAGGAAUUGUUUUUUCGAGGGGUGAAUGCGAGAACGUUGAUGGUCUUGGAAGACAUUUUUCCGUCCGGAAGUUUCCGUGACGUAAGCGUCCCAGGAACCACCCAGCUGUAUUUUACAUCGAAAGAAGAAGAAAUUUUGAAAAUAGAUGUUCCUGACGGCUUCUAUGUGGGUCCAUUUAAUGAGAGAGUGUCCAGGAGAAUUGAGGAAGUUUGGAAAUUUACCCCACAGGGCAUCAGUCAGAUGAAGUUAGACGAACAAACGUGGGGAUUUCCGGGAUAUGCAGUAUAUCACGUGCCUUCCGGAAAUCUUGCCGGAUGGGCCGUACAGAACAUUGAUGGAAUUAUGGGACAUUUAUUUGUGGAAGAAAAGUAUCGCAGAAGAGGUGUCGCCAAAUUUCUGACUUCAGUGCUCGCCAGGAGUGUGAUAAAACAAGAUGGUUUUGCGGCGGCGGAAAUCGUGAAAAACAACGCCAUGUCUAAGAAUGUAACUAGUUAUGUGGGACUAGCGGAAGUGAAAGGUCCAGAGUUUGAUUGUAGAAUGUUUAAAGUUAACCCUAAUGGUAACUUCCCGGGAUGAUCUGAGAACUGAUUUAUCUAAAAUUCUUACAAGUUUUGCUAAUCCCUUUAUUUUACUGAUUUCGACGAAAGGAAGCUUAUACUGAGUUAAUUGGGAACGUAUUGUACUGUAAAAUUUGACCAUAUAUUGCAAAAAAAAAAAUUUAAAUGUUACAUGUAAUCCCUGC